UAUCACGUGGGUUCAGUAUUAUUACCUGUGCCUACAGAAGAAUGUCUAGUGAUCUUGCAGAGCAAUCCGAAUAACUCUAUUUUAGUAUCGAUUCGCUUGUAAAUGUUUGAGGUUGUGCAUGUUCAGUGAUACCUUCGUAUAUUUUGAAACUUUUUAACGAUUUUCGAUUUUAAUAUUUUUUUGAAAGAAUUAUCAUCAGUGAUUAAAUUUUUUAAAAAUAACUUAUUUCUUUUCGUUGUGAUCGAAAAUUGUGAUGUGCUUGUGAAUCUUUCGCUUCGACAUUACCUACUUAUACAGUGAAAAAAUCCAAGACGAUAUGCAAGGACAAUUGGCACCAUGUUUUGUACAAGAAAAAUUGACAGAAACUCAUAUGAUUUUACAGAACAACGAAGAAAAUUUGGAAAAUUCACAAAUCGACAUAUACGGAAUGGCAGAAUUAAUAGCAGGCUACAUAGAUUGCAUGGAAGAAGCAGUUAACUAUCUCAAAGAUGUAGAAAAUUAUUCAGAUGACCACCCAGCUAUUAUUGGUUUAAGAACGCAUCUUGCACAUUACCAGCAAAAAUUUGUUAAUGAAGCUUUACAAGUGAGAAAUUCAGAAAUUUCACAAACGUUACCAUCGUCUUAGGGGCUCUAGUCUGAGUACUACUUAUUUCUUGUUAUUUUUUAUUUUUUUUUCUUCUUCUUUAAAUUAUGAUUAGUAGGUACUAUAUUUUAAAUGUAAUUUCAAUUAGCCCUCAGGGUUGCAAAAUGCUCAUUGUUCAGAUGUCGUAUAAAUUGAAAAAAAAAGUAUCAUAGACUCUUUUGAUACAAAAAAUUGUUGUAUAAUUAUUAUGUCGAUUGCUGUGUUAUUGUAUAAGACUUUGAUUUAUGUAAAUUUUUGUAUUUAAUACAUUUUAUAUGUACAUUUUUCCAA